AAAAAAACAGAUUGAACCGUAAUUGUAAGAGCAAAGGACAUGGAAAAGUGCAAGCAACUUCUCCAGCUGCAAUUAUACCCUUUAUAAAGGGUUUGUUAACUUUCUAGUCUUGCUUGCGAGAAAAAGAAGCUUUCGGCUGGUUUAGAUGGCCCAUGAGGAGACUUAUUGGUGAGGGACAACCGACUUUAAUAAGUCAUCACAUGACCAGAGAGGGAUAGUAGAGUGGACAACCCUUGCCGGCAAAGUUUUAUAGCUGAGCAAAACUUCCCAGGAAAAACUGCAUAAACAGAGAGCAACUUUUAACGUUUCUCUACAUUUUCACAAAUUAAACGUGCUCCCUAAGCUAGUUUUUCUCUUCGUUUUAUAAGCAUAGUUUCUCUUCUUUUUUCUUGCACAAACACCGUAGUCCAAGAAUCAAGCCACUCUAGCAUUUCCAAAGGCAAGUUCUGCACAACUGAAGGUUGGUCUCAUCCGGUGAGUAUGAAUCGUGGCGUAUCGGAAGAAGAUGGCAGCAUUCGUUUUCCGGUUGACGAGCUUCGCAGGCUUGGCGAAACCUAUGGCUCUGCAACCAUUUUUGAGCCUCAGAGUGAUAUAGGAAAGAGAGACAGUAGCACUGGAAAUUCUGUUUCUCCAACAUUACCUGCACCGGAGAAGAAACUCACACUCUUUGCUCUUCGCCUUGCCAUUUUUGAGAAGGCAGCUACUUGCCUGGGAACCCUCGGGUUCAUCUGGGCAACAGUUGUUCUUCUCGGAGGGUUUGCGAUUACUUUGGAUAAAACAGAUUUCUGGUUUAUCACCAUUAUUCUGUUGAUUGAAGGGACUCGAAUAUACAGCAGGAGCCAUGAGCUUGAAUGGCAACACCAAGCCACCUGGUCAGUUACUGAUGCCGGGAUUAACAGUUUCCGGGCAUUGAGAUCCAGCUCCCACUUCAUUGUUGAAACUGUGAAAGCACUUUUUAGGCCAAUAACACGGGUUCAAAAGCAUAGUCUGCAUACCAGAGAAAUAAGGAAAAAUCCUGAUGCAGAAAUCUCUGGGAACUGGGGAGUCCAGAGGAAGCUAACUCGGACAUGGACAAGUUCAGAUGUUCCUAUUCUACCAUAUGCUCAAUGGUUUUUUCUUUCAAGAAAUGUCAGCAAGCUUCUCUAUUGGCUCCAGCUUGCAUCUGCAUCAGCCUGUGUGGUUUUAUCAUUGAUGAAACUCAUCAAACAUAACUAUGGUGAGGUUGAGAAAGGGGAUAAUGACAAGAGGAACCGACAAUCCGCACUGAAUAUUUUCUAUUCUUUGGCUUUGGCAGAAGCUCUGUUGUUUCUGAUGGAGAGAGCUUACUGGGAGUGGAAGGCAAGCUACUGUAAACUGCUGGAAGAGGUGAGCAAAGAGUGUGAUUUGGGGCUUUCAGGCAUGGUUUCGAUCAGAAGGUUCUUCUACGAUGCCUACUCUAGGUGUCUUGAGGGCAGUAUCUUUGAUGGCCUAAAAAUGAACAUGGUUACUUUUGCUAUGGAUCUAUUGGCUUCCAAUUCCCCUGAUGAACAGCUCAUUGGAGCUAGAAUUCUUCGUCAAUUUGUGAUGAAUCCUCAGUUUUCUGAUGAAACUCUCAAAAACAUUGGGACAAAUAUAUCAAUGAUAGACCGAUUAGUGGAGGUAUUGAACUGGAAAGACCCGCAGGAAGAAGAGAUCAGGAGGUCAGCUGCAGAGAUACUAUCAAAACUAGCCGGCAAGAAGCAAAACUCCCUACGGGUUGCUGGAAUACCUGGCGCAUUGAAGUCAAUUUCAUCUCUGCUACAAACCAAUAGAAGUUGCAGCACCACAGCCGAUGAAAUUGGUGAAAAGACAAUCAUCUGUGAUCAUGCACAUUAUGGAUUCUGGACAUUUAAUCAUUUAGGACUUCUUAUCCUGAAGAAGCUCGCUCGUGACCAUGAUAACUGUGGGAAGAUAGGAAAUACGAGGGGCCUCCUACCGAAAAUCAUUGAUUUCACACACGUAGAAGAGAGGUUGCUGAAAGAUGAAAAUGUAACAUCAUCUCAGAUUUUGACAGUGAAACGUUCUCUGCAACUGGUGAAGAUGCUGGCAAGCACAACAGGCACAACAGGUAAUAAUCUUCGAAGAGAAAUCUCAGAGAUAGUUUUCACCAUCAGCAAUAUUAGAGAUAUUCUACGGCAUGGCGAAAAACACCCAAUGCUUCAAAAACUCAGCAUAGAGAUAUUAACCAGUCUUGCACUAGAAGAGGAUGCAAAGGAGAGGAUUGGGGGCACGGGUGGAGUUCUUAAGGAGUUAUUCAACAUUUUCUUCAGCCAAGGAAUUCCUGAAAAUCAGAAUCAUGCAAGAAUAGCUGCAGGAGAUGCUCUAGCAAUGCUAGCCUUGGAAAGCAGAAGGAAUUGUCUUCGCAUGUUGAAAUUAAAAGUACUGGAAAGGCUAGUUAGUGCACUGGAGGUCCCAUUGCUCAGGGUAAAUGCUGCAAGAAUUCUACGGAACUUGUGCACCUAUAGCGGAGUAGAUUGCUUCGACCAGUUGAAGGGCGUAGCAGCCGCUGUACCCACGGUGCUGGAGGCAGUUAUGUCUGAAGAGAACAAACUACAAGAAGUAAUGGUAGGACUCGCGGCCGAAGCUUUUAAAUUCAUGACUCCUCAAGAAUCCAACAUCAUGUUUGAAAGAACUGGUAUAAAAGAGGCUGAACUAGCCAACAAAAUACUCCAGAUUCUCAGAAAGUACGAAAAUACACCAGUCAAGGUUCCAAGAAUGAGAAGGUUUUCCAUAGAGUUGGCGAUUUGGAUGAUGCGGAACAACUCGGCUAAUGUACUUACUUUCAAGGACCUGGGGUUGGAGAAGGAAUUGGAGGGGGUUUUAGAAUCCACGGCUGAGGUUGAAAGCUUCAACAUAUUCUCUGGCACUUCUGGGCUGAGUCGCCACAGCACAACUAUUCACUCACUAGUUGAAACUGCAUUGCAGUUGCUGGAAGACAGGUAAAAUUGUGCAGCAGAAAGUUCCAAACAAGUUGUCGUGUGAAUAUGAAUGCGCCUAGUUAUAGGAGAUUCUUUUUUCUCUACAUAUUUAUGCAUUUGUAUAUGUUUUGCAAAUAAAGAAUCAAGUUAAUGAUCUUUACCGACAAGAUUCUAUGUGGGAUCAUGCUGCAGUUUGUAGAA